UUCCAUACACUGUUAAAGGUGUAAUAAACCAUAGAUUUACAUAAUUCACAACCUUAACUUAACAUCCCUGUUGUUAUUGAGCGCUCAGCUGACGCAGUGUCCGGAUGUGGACGUGGCAGACAGCUAUCUACGACAGUUCCGGUGCGAAUGUCCGCUUGGAGAGAAACCAGAGAGGAAAGGAUUAGCGAAACACCCCAGGACGAACAUCGGCAAUAGUUUGACGGCCACUGGCCUUCGGAACCGGUUGUGAGCAGGGACAACCGAUCUCUUGGCUAACUCGUUAUUUUAUCCAGAUUUGAGCUCCAGGUAUGAACUGAGAAUGAAUGUGAACCAGCAGACUCCCAUGGCGUCUCCGUACGGCCCGCCCCAGCCUGGCUAUGGCCAGCCCAGCUACGCUCCCCUGGGAGGGGGCUACCCUGGCCCCUACGGACCCUACAACGGGCCCGCUGCAGCCUACCAGCCUGGGGCUCCACCACAAGGUUACUCUCCCUAUGCCAGUUUUCCCUCUAAGGCUGUGGCAGCUAACCCUGUCUCUGACCUGUCCUCUCCUCUUGACUUAGGACCUGCCAGAGGCCCCCUUACCUCUGCCCCCCGUCCAGUCUCCACCCCCCAGGCGUACUCCCAGUAUCCCCAGGGAGACUCUCAGAACGGACCCCCACCUAUGGAUCACUCUAUGGCCCAGCCAGCUCACAGGUCGCCAGUGUCUCAGCCAUAUAGCCAAGGUGCUAUGAACUUGUCUGGGCCACACCCCUCCUACUCCCAGCAGUAUGGUGCUCCACCCCCCAUGCAACAGGUUACCAAUCAGAUGUCAGGGAUGCAGAUCGGGUCCGGUCCCCCCACCUCUGUUGGGCCGGGAUAUGCUCACCAUCCCAGCACCCAGCCUCCAAUCAGUGCUGCAUACUCCUCUGCAGCCCCACCCUCCUAUACGCAAGCUCCCCCAUUGUCUGCUGCCCCCUCCCAGCCUCCCCCUCCCAGUGAACCUGCAGCCUCCCAGCCUUACUAUGGUGGCCCCCCUCCCCCCCAACAACAACCAUUCCCCUCUGCCCACCAUCCCUCCCAACCCUUCGUCUCCUCCUCUCCAUACUUGGGCCCUCCCAGCCAACCUCAGGCCCCUCCAGUCUCCCAACAGCAGUCCUUCCCACCUGGCCCCCCUGCUCAGCAACCCUUCCCCAACUCUGCCCCUCCUCCAGUCUCCCAGGCCUCCUACUCUGGUCCCCCUCCUCUCACCCAGCACUCUUUCCCUCCCUCCUCCCAAUCUGGCCCCUUCCCACCCAUCUCUAUAUCCCCUUCCCAGUACCCAGGUCCACAGCCCCAGUCCCAACCCGGACCCCCUCCCUUCCACUCUGGGCCCUCUCCUCGAGGCCCCGUUCCACCCCCCUCCAUGUCCCAGCAGCAGGCCAAUCACCUUCCCCCCGGCCCCAUGCAGCAACAGCAGCCUCCUCAGCCUGGCAUGCAGGGAGGAUACCCAACCCAGCAAAAUGGUGCGUUUGGGCAGCCUAGAGGGCCCCAGCCCGGCUAUGCAGGCCCGCAAUAUCCCGGGCAACAGAACUACGGAGCAGGCCCUGCCCCUGCACCCGCUCCCCCUGCACAGAAGAGACUGGACCCUGAUUCCAUCCCCAGCCCGCAAGCGUCUGAGCUGCCGGCUGUGCAGAAAUCGAGACAUAGAAUAGAUCCAGACGCUAUCCCCAGCCCAAUUCAGGUGAUUGAGGAUGACCGGGUCAACAAGAGCAGUGAGCCGUUCACCACUGGGGUCAAAGGUCAGGCUCCACCCCUGGUCACCACCAACUUCCAGGUGAAAGACCAGGGCAAUGCCAGCCCGCGGUUCAUCCGCUGUACAGCCUACAACAUGCCCUGCACCGCUGACAUGGCCAAACAGUCCCAGGUCCCCUUGGCCGCUGUAAUCAAACCCCUGGCUAUGCUGCCCCCCGACGAGACCCCUCCGUACAUUGUGGACCAUGGGGAAGGCGGUCCUAUCCGCUGUAACCGCUGUAAGGCCUACAUGUGUCCCUACAUGCAGUUCAUCGAGGGCGGACGGCGCUUCCAGUGUGGCUUCUGCAGCUGCGUCACAGAGGUUCCUCCCCACUACUUCCAGCAUCUGGACCACACAGGGAAGAGGGUGGACUGCUACGAUCGGCCAGAGCUCUCUCAGGGCAGCUACGAGUUUGUGGCCACCGUCGACUACUGUAAGAACAAUAAGCUCCCCCAGCCCCCGUCGUUCAUCUUCUUCAUCGAUGUGUCUUACAACGCCGUGAAGAGCGGCAUGGUUAACAUCGUCUGUCAGGAGCUCAAGACUCUACUGGACUACCUGCCCAGGGAGAAUCCAGAGGCAGACUCGGUGGUGCGUGUGGGUUUUGUGACCUACAACAAGGUGUUGCACUUCUACAACGUCAAGUCCAGCCUGGCCCAGCCCCAGAUGAUGGUGGUCAGUGACGUCAGUGACAUGUUCCUCCCUCUGCUCGACGGCUUCCUGGUCGGCGUCAACGACAGCCGGAUGGUCAUCGAGAGUUUGCUAGACCAGAUUCCGGAGAUGUUUGCAGACACCAGGGAGACUGAGACGGUGUUUGGACCAGUCAUUCAGGCAGGACUGGAGGCACUGAAGGCUGCAGACUGUGCCGGGAAGCUGUUUGUGUUCCACUCCACUCUGCCCAUCGCUGAGGCUCCUGGGAAACUGAAGAAUAGAGAGGACAAGAAACUAGUGGGAACAGACAAGGAGAAGUCUCUGUUCCAGCCCCAGUCUGGUUUCUAUAGUAACCUCUCUAAGGAGUGUGUAGCACAGGGCUGCUGUGUAGACCUCUUCCUGUUUCCCAACCAGUACGUCGACGUGGCAACGCUUGGCGUGGUGCCCGUCUCCACCGGGGGUUCCGUCUACAAAUACACCUACUUCCAGGCCGAGACGGACCGUGAGCGGUUCCUGAAUGAUCUGCGGCGAGACGUUCAGAAGCCGAUGGGCUUCGAUGCUGUCAUGAGGGUCCGAACCAGCACAGGUAUCAGAGCGACAGAUUUCUUCGGCUCGUUCUUCAUGAGCAACACGACAGACGUGGAGCUGGCAGGCCUGGACUGUGACAAGACUGUCACCGUGGAAUUCCGCCACGACGACAAGCUCAGCGAGGACACCGGUGCGCUCAUGCAGUGCGCGGUGUUGUACACCAGCUGUAGUGGUCAGCGGCGUCUGCGGGUCCACAACAUGGCGGUCAACUGCUGCUCCCAGCUCGCCGACCUCUACCGGAACUGCGAGACGGACACAAUCAUCAACUUCUUCUCCAAGUACGCGUACCGUAGCAUAUUGAACACCCCCACCAAGACAGUGAGAGACACCAUGGUGAACCAGUGUGCCCAGAUUCUGGCCUGCUACCGCAAGAACUGUGCCAGCCCCUCGUCUGCCGGACAGCUGAUCCUACCAGAGUGUAUGAAGCUGCUGCCGGUCUAUCUGAACUGUGUGUUGAAGAGUGACGUGCUGCAGCCGGGAGCUGACAUCUCAUUGGACGACAGAGCCUACCUGAGACAGCUGCUCAGCUGUAUGGACGUAUCAGAGAGCCACAUCUUCUUCUAUCCCCGCCUACUGCCCCUGGUGAAGUUGGAUGGAGGGUCGUUGCCGAUGGCAGUGCGUAACUCAGAGGAGCGCCUGUCGAAGGGCGGAGUCUACCUCCUGGAGACAGGGCUCCACCUCUUCCUGUGGGUGGGAGCCAAUGCUCAGCAGGAGCUGCUUAGCAACAUCUUUGGAACGCCCACCUUCAGCCAGAUAGACCCCAACAUGACGAGUCUGCCGGAGCUGGACAACCCGUUCUCCCAGAGACUCCGAGAGAUCAUCGACUCCUUCAGGUCACAACGGUCACGAUACAUGAAGUUGAUGGUGGUGAAGCAAGAGGACAAGGCGGAGCUAAUCUUUAAGCACUUCCUGUGUGAGGACAAGAGCACCAGCGGAGGAGCUUCCUAUGUCGACUUCCUGUGUCACAUGCACAAGGAGAUCCGCCAGCUACUCAGCUAGGGCCCUGAUUUCUGACCCUUCAAACCUGACCCCGGCACCUCUCAAACACCCCCCCGAUGCGUUUUAUCUUUUAUUUACCUAAUAAACUUAACCCCUCCCCCUCUGUCAGCGAGAGGCCGGAGACGUAUACACAGCCUCGUGGCAGAUUCCAUGUGUCUGUCCUCAUACGACUCUACUAUUCCAAACGUCAGGCUCUAAAACAGCUGGAGCUGAUCCACUGGCCAAUGGAAGUGUGUGUGUGUCUUUUGUGAGUAUGUUUGUGAGGGAGAGUUGCUGUUGAUUGUAGUAGGUGUUCUGUCUGUAACACUAGCACUGAAAGGCUGUUGUGGGUGUACCGGCCGCUGGUAGAAACUCUCUUUUUGUAUGAUUCAGACCCAGUAGAGCUGAAGAUGACAAACUAUACAUGACAUGAAAUAAAUGUUGUUUUUUUUCCAUCUCUAGAAUUAUUUUUCUAUUUGUCUUAUUCUCUCUCCCUCAGAAAUGACCGUGUGUGUGUGUGUGCGCUGACUUACAAACACUACUGAGGCAAUAGGAGAGCGGGAGGAGUAUAUAGAGAUCUGUGAUUGAGGUGAAACUCCCCAAAAAAGUCUAUGCAUCUAAUCAUCCAGAGGCACGGGGUUUGAACGUUCAACCAGCGUGGGGGUCCCACUGACUCACACAGUAUAGACUGUUUGGUUGAGGUGUGUGUGUCAUGUUGUUUUACUAACGUGUGUGUAUCAGCUUGACACCAUUCUCUGACAUGAUGCCUGUUUGUCUUCCUGUCUGUGAAGGGAAGGAGUAACUGGCUGUGCUUCUCAAAAUUGAGGUCAGUCCGAGAAAGUGUGAUGAGAAUAAUGUUGGGCAUAGUCAUGUUCCGUAGGCACGAAAACAGGAGAGAACUAUUUGAAAGGGGGGGAGGGGGGAGUACUUGUGUUUUUGGUUUCCGUAGCAGAAUGUUUUUGCUACGUGUUUUUGCUGAACAUGACCCUGUGCUCUACACACAGCUGUGUCCGAGUUGUCCCACACUGCGGACGGUCUGCUAUAGAACCUUGGUUCGUUUACACAUAUAACCUACGUCUAUAACCUGUACAGAAUUAAAUCCUCCGGUUUUUAAACACCUGUGUCAAAUGCUGUGGUUUGUCAGUCCUCUCCGUCGCCGCCGCUCACACAAAAGUAGUCCUGCUUUUUUGUGUGCAGCUUCGUGUGUGGGUGGGAGGAAGGGUGGAUGUGUGGGGUUCUGGAGGCAGAUCCUGGUGAAUUUCUCUAAAGGAAAAGAGGGAUCCGUCGAUACACCCUGACUUUUGCAUUUGUUUUCAUGUCUUAACACAAGUGUUGCUGCCCUCUUCUCUGACCCAUCUCUCUGUUGAAUGGACUUUCUUUCUGACUGACCGUGAUCUGACCGUUUUCCUUUUCUCUGUGUUUUUGUCAUUGCCUCCUGGACUGUUAAUAAAGUUAUUGAAUCACCAUG